AUGAUGUCCAUGAACAGCAAACAGCCGCACUUCGCCAUGCAUCCCUCUCUACCCGAGCACAAGUACACCACUUUGCAUUCCAGCUCGGAAGCUAUAAGGAGAGCCUGUCUACAAACUCCACAGCUCCAGAGCAACAUAUUCGCGAGCCUGGAUGAGACCCUGCUGGCUCGUGCCGAGGCCAUGGCUGCCGUGGACAUCGCCGUGUCCCAGGGCAAGACGCACCCGUUCAAGCCCGACGCCACCUACCACACGAUGAGCACGGUGCCAUGCUCCUCCAACUCCACCGUGCCGCUGGCCCACCACCACCACCACCAUCACCACCACCACCACCCGAACCUGGAGCCGCAGGACAUCAUGGACCACAUCACCUCUCCAUCCUUAUCCCUGAUGUCCGGCGCCCACGACGGGUCCGGUGGAGGCGGUGGAGGUGGAGGAGGUGGAGGAGGUGGAGGUGGAGGUGGAGGAGGGCUCCUCGCCUCCUCCACCCAUCCACACUCGCACAUGCACGGCUUGAGCCACCACCUCUCCCACCAGGCUAUGAGCAUGAACUCGCCUCUCACCCACCACGGGCUCUUACCGGGCCAUCACGGAGGGGGUCAAGCCGGGCCAGGACUCACGAACGCCGGACUCCCCUCCAUCAAUGACUCGGACACGGACCCAAGGGAGCUGGAGGCGUUCGCGGAGCGGUUCAAGCAGAGGAGGAUCAAGCUGGGGGUGACCCAGGCGGACGUGGGUGGUGCACUGGCCAACCUGAAGAUCCCCGGAGUGGGGUCCCUCAGCCAAAGUACAAUAUGUCGCUUCGAGUCGUUGACUCUGUCCCACAACAACAUGAUCGCACUGAAACCCAUCCUGCAGGCCUGGCUGGAGGAGGCCGAGGGGGCCCAGAGGGAGAAGAUGAACAAACCGGACAUUUACAACGGAGGAGAAAAGAAACGUAAGAGGACGUCGAUAGCGGCCCCGGAGAAGAGGUCUCUGGAGGCGUACUUCGCCGUGCAGCCUCGGCCGUCGUCGGAGAAAAUAGCAGCUAUAGCCGAGAAGUUGGACCUGAAAAAAAACGUGGUGCGAGUGUGGUUCUGCAACCAGAGACAGAAGCAGAAGAGGUUGAAAUUUUCUGCUGCUCACUGA